GAGCUGCUGGGCGGCCCCCCGGGAGCCGCUGCGCAAGGCGGCUGGGGCGUCGCUGCAGCGCGGUCGGCGGGGCCGGAGUUGGCCGACGCUCCCUGGGUUGCUGACAGCUCGGAGCCGCAGCCUGCCUGCCUCUUUCUCUCCACUCUCUCUCCCCCCUCCGCCUUUCUUCCAGGCUGCCAGCCGUGCGCCAAGGCGAGAGCGUGCGCGUUGCGCAGGGCGUCCCCGGACCGGCUCUCUCGCUCCUUCUCCUCUCCUCCAGCUCCGGUCCCUUUUUUUUUUUUGGGCUCGCUGCGGCUCCGGAGCGCGCGGGGGUUUGGAGAUGCGCCUGCCCGGCUUGUGAAGCGGCCUCUCGCUCGGCUCUUUUUUUUUUCCUUUCCUUUCCCCCCCAUCCCUUCUUCCCUUACCCUCCCCAUCCCUCUCUUCCCUUUCCCCGACGGCCAAGAUGACGGUGGAAUUCGAGGAGUGCAUUAAGGAUUCGCCCCGAUUCCGGGCGACCAUUGAUGAAGUAGAAACAGAUGUUGUGGAGAUAGAAGUCAAGCUUGAUAAGCUGGUAAAGCUAUGCAGCAAUAUGGUAGACGCCGGAAAAGCGUACAUCAUCACCAACAAACAGUUUGUCGGCGGAGUCCGAGAUCUCUCCCAGCAAUGCAAGAAAGACGAAAUGAUCUCGGAAUGCUUGGAUAAAUUUGGAGACAGUUUGCAGGAAAUGGUCAACUAUCACAUGAUCCUUUUCGACCAAGCUCAGAGAUCUGUCCGGCAACAGCUGAACAACUUUGUGAAAGAGGAUGUCCGCAAGUUCAAGGAGACCAAAAAACAGUUCGACAAAGUCCGAGAAGACAUGGAGAUCGCUUUGGUCAAGAACGCACAAGCCCCACGGCACAAACCCCACGAAGUAGAAGAGGCCACGGGCACGCUGACCAUCACCAGGAAAUGUUUCCGGCACUUGGCCCUGGAUUACGUCUUGCAGAUCAACGUUCUCCAGGCCAAGAAGAAAUUUGAAAUUCUGGAUGCCAUGCUCUCCUUUAUGCACGCCCAAUACACCUUUUUCCAGCAAGGCUACAGCCUCCUGCACGAAUUGGAUCCGUACAUGAAGAAACUAGCCACUGAGCUGGACCAGUUGGUGAUCGACUCGGCCGUGGAGAAGAGGGAAAUGGAGCAUAAACACGCCCUUAUUCAGCAACGGACCCUUUUACAGGAUUUCUCUUACGAUGAAUCCAAAGUGGAAUUCAACGUCGAUGCUCCCAACGGAGUAGUGAUGGAAGGAUACCUCUUCAAGAGAGCCAGCAAUGCAUUCAAGACCUGGAAUCGGAGGUGGUUCUCCAUACAAAAUAGCCAGCUGGUAUACCAGAAGAAGCUAAAGGAUGUACUCACAGUGGUGGUGGAAGACCUCCGACUUUGCACAGUCAAGCCUUGCGAGGACAUAGAACGGAGGUUUUGUUUCGAAGUGGUCUCGCCCACCAAGAGCUGCAUGUUACAAGCCGAUUCAGAGAAACUGCGCCAAGCGUGGAUCCAGGCUGUCCAAGCAAGCAUAGCCUCCGCUUAUCGGGAAAGCCCCGAUAGCUGCUACAUUGAAAAAUUGGAUCGAACAGCUUCCCCUUCGACCAGCAGUAUCGAUUCCGCCUCCGAUUCCCGGGACCGAAGUGGGAAAGGGGAAACGAUCCUGCAGAGGGUGCAGAGUAUCUCCGGCAACGACCAGUGUUGUGACUGCGGGCAGGCCGAUCCCCGGUGGGCGAGCAUCAACUUGGGCAUCUUACUAUGCAUUGAAUGUUCAGGGAUACACAGGAGCUUGGGAGUUCACUGCUCCAAAGUGCGGUCGCUCACGUUGGAUUCUUGGGAGCCAGAAUUAUUGAAGCUGAUGUGUGAGCUGGGCAACGCCACCAUGAAUCAGAUCUACGAGGCACAGUGUGAGGAAAUGGGGCUGAAAAAGCCGACAGCUGGAAGCUCAAGGCAGGACAAAGAAGCAUGGAUCAAAGUCAAAUACGUGGAGAAGAAGUUUCUGAAGAAGCUACCUUCUGGAGAACCCCUGGCCGACAACGAGCAGAAGCCCCGUCGCUGGAGUGUGAAGAAAUGCCAGAGGUGCAACAGCACUACGAAGGCGCCCACGACUCGUAGGAAGUAUCGGCACGAGGCGGGAAACGCGUCUCCGGCUGCCCACUCUUCAGCUGCCACUUUGGAAAGGAAGUUCCGGCGAGAUUCCCUCUUUUGCCCUGACGAACUGGAUUCCCUCUUCUCGUACUUUGACACAGGAGCCGGACCGCGCGGUGGGAACCAGGCGUCAACUCAACAGCCGGUGGGAGCCAGCCCAUGGAGUGAGACCAGCAAUGGCCCUGGAGGCAGCGGUUCACCGUUUCUCCUGGAUGGAGGUCUAAGCAGCGACAGUGGACUGGGUGGUAGCACUGAUGGGAGUACAGACGUCUUGCUGUUUGGCUCGGUGGUUGAUAGUGUCACAGAAGAAGAGUGUGAAGUCUCGGAAGAAUCCAGCGGGGAAGUCGAAAUUGAGCAGGAGGCCUCCGAUUUGGAAGACUUGAGGGAGCUCCAUCCCGGUUUGCUAGUUUACAAGGCUUCGAGGGCCCGGAACCUGCCGGUCAUGGCGGAGGCCCUGGCCCAUGGCGCCAACGUCAACUGGGUGAACGAAGAGGAUGAGAACAAAACCCCGCUGAUCCAGGCUGUCAUGGGGGGCUCACUAAUAGCUUGUGAAUUUUUGCUCCAGAACGGGGCAGACGUUAACCAAAGAGAUAUCCGAGGAAGGGCACCUUUGCAUCACGCCACAUAUUUGGGCCACACUGGCCAGGUCUGUUUAUUCCUAAAGAGAGGAGCCAACCAGCACGCAGUGGACGAGGACGGGCAGGACCCCCUCAGCAUCGCUGUCCAGGCCGCGAAUGCAGACAUCGUGACCUUGCUGCGUCUGGCUCGGAUGAAUGAAGAGAUGCGUGAAGCCGAAGGUCCCUUUGGGCAUCCAGGAGAUGCCACUUACCUUGACAUCUUCCGGGACUUUUCCCACAUGGCAUCCAACAAUCCCGAAAAACUCAACCGGCGUAGCCUUCAUUUCCACCCUUCUUACCGAUAGCUUUCGCCUCCGGAUGGUAACCUCAAAAGAGUCACCGAGAGGAUGAGGGGUUCUGUGUGACAAAACACACAAAAACAAAGAAGGGACACACUUGUGAAUGGAUGGGUCUAUCCGAGAGGCAGCGUCUCUACCCAUCCUCCAAAACGGAUACCCGUUUCGACACACCUCCCGCCAGGAGUUAUUUUUUCCCCCAGACUUUCUGAACAACAUGGCGCGUCCUUGCAAAUACAUCCGUUAGCCGCAGAAAUGGACCAACAUUUCUGGUUUUUCUACAGUUUUCCUCCUUGCUAGCCGGGGAGUCUCCACUAGCUGCUGGCAGCUGGACGCCGGUUGCAAGCAUAAGACAUACAAGGUCGUAAAGGCUGCCUGAGAGUAUUCCCAUUUAUUACUAGCCUUGGCUCAUCAGGGGUUCAAGACCAUGAUCUAGCUCAGGGGUCGGCAACCUUAAACACUCAAAGAACCACAAAAGUCCUAACCAGAAGUCCCCCCACUCGAUUCUGGAGCAAUUGGAAGUCCGGUUCCCCCACCGUAGAGUCUCCUCCUAGCGCGGUGUCCUUUUUCCUCUACCAGUUCUAACCGAAAACCCUAUCAAUUGUGGAGCCGACCGGCAACAGGGAGUCGCAGCAGAGGGAUGAAAGAGCCACAUGCGGCUCCAGAGCCACGGGUUGCCGACCCCUGAUCUAGCUUAUUAAAGAGAACAGAAUUUGAUGGGACGCAUUCCAAGGGCAGCUGCAUUAGCGUGAAGUCCAAUUCAUAUAAUUUGGGGUCCUUCCUUCCUUUUCUUUCUGAAUGGAUGGGGAUGAAUGGUUGGAAGGAGGCUGUGGUUGGAAAAAAAAUGUAGGUGGACGUGGAAUUAAAAAGCUGACUUCUUUGUUUACUUGUUGGCAGAUGAGGAUUUAGUCCCAGAGCAGGGGUAUCAAACUGGAUUUCUUUGAGGGCUGGAUCGGCAUUGUAGUUCGCCUCUGUGGGCCAGCGGGGAUGGGGGUGGGGGUGGAGAUGGGACGGACGCCUCCUGCUGGCCAAAAUGGAGCACGCAGAGGCCCAUGAGGCCCCCCGCAUGGCCCACUCAAAACCAGCGGGAGGCGGGUUUUGAGUGCUGCAGGAGGCCAGGGAGGCUGAAAAUGGAUCGCGGAGGGGGGACUGUUUUGGCCAGCAGAGGCACUGCGGGCUGGUCCUUUGAUAUUUCUAGGCCAGCCUCGUGGGCCAGAUUUAAGCACCUUGCGGGCCAUAUCCGGUCCACGGGCCUUGAGUUUCACACCCCUGCCUGCAGAUUAAGUCAUUAUCAGGUUUCUGUCUUUUUAAAAACUGGAAAGAGAAACGUUAAGGCAAUGCCUUCCAGGAACUAACUCUUUUGCCUGGCAAAGUGAAACCUCUUUGGUGAAAUCUGAAACUUGAUUACGGGGAUUUGAAUUUCAAUUAUGCACCAGAACACUUGAUACAGCCUUAUUCUGGGGGGUAUUGAGGGAAAUUGAGACGGCUGGCCCGGCUCUCUUAGCCAUAAUCUGGUAAAUGUACCAUCGUCACUCCAUUGCUUGUUAAAAUAUUUUGAUAAUAACUUUUCUUCCUUCUCUCUCUUUUUUUAAAUGGCAAGAGUUGAUGGACAGUGUUAUUUUUAUAUAAAAAACCUCAUAUCGUUUCAUGGUUUUGUAUUUUUUUUUUUAAAAAAAAACAGGGUUAUAGGGAAGAGUUUGUACUGGUACAGAUCUCUUCUUGCAAGUGCUUCAUUUUUUUUUUAGUGUGUAUAGAAGUCCUUGUUUAAUAUGCUAAAAAUGUAAUAUAUCUCCAAGCAAAAUAUAAUAAGUAUUUGUA